UUACUAUUAUCACAUCAGGGCGGGAUGAUCGAGUGACGAAUUUUCGGGCAAGGGCGGUCCAUUUAAAACCCAUUCCUUCCUCCCUCGCCCUGCAUACACGUCAGACGCCAUGUAAAACUCAUCAGAUGUGUCCACAUAAUUUGAGGAUCGAGGUAGGUGGCGUGCUUUACCGUUUCUAUUCAUAGAAAGCGGUAUCCUGUUUGCGACGUCAGCAUUUUUGACCAACUCUGCAGCUACUUGGGAAGACUUUCAACUGUGAAGUUGGACAUUUUUCAAAAAUGGGCUUUGUGAAAGUGGUUAAAAGUAAGGCCUACUUCAAGAGAUACCAGGUGAAGUUCAGGAGAAGGCGAGAGGGGAAGACUGACUACUUUGCCCGUAAGCGCCUGGUCAUACAAGACAAGAACAAGUACAACACUCCCAAGUACAGGAUGAUCGUGAGGUUCUCCAACAGAGAUAUCUGCUGUCAGAUUGCUUAUGCCAAGAUUGAGGGUGACCAGAUUGUCAGUGCCGCCUACUCCCAUGAACUGCCAAAGUACGGCAUCACAGUGGGACUGACAAACUAUGCUGCAGCCUACUGCACAGGCCUACUGCUGGCUCGCAGGCUGCUGAACAAGUUUGGUCUGGACCAGGUGUAUGAGGGCCAGGUGGAGGUGACGGGAGAUGAGUUCAAGGACGUGGCAGUGUUCGGAGCGCUAAAGGGUGCUGUCGACGGUGGCCUCUCAAUUCCUCACAGCACAAAACGUUUCCCAGGCUAUGACAUGGAGAGCAAAGAGUUCAACGCAGAGAUGCAUCGCAAACACAUCAUGGGCAUGAACGUGUCGGACUACAUGAGCUACCUGAUGGAGGAGGACGAAGACGCCUACAAGAAACAGUUCUCCCGCUUCAUAAAGAACGGCGUCACGCCAGACACAGUAGAGCAGAUGUACAAGAAAGCACACGCCUCCAUUAGAGAGAACCCAGUCCACGAAAAGAAACCCAAAAAAGACGUCAAGAAGAAGAGGUGGAAUCGCGCCAAACUCUCGUUGGCACAGAGAAAGGACCGCGUUGCCCAGAAAAAGGCCAGCUUUCUACGAGCACAGGAAGCAGAGGCGGCGGAUGGUUAGACGGACCACUGGCUUAAUAAAUGUAUUGCAAAUGA